UGCCCGCAACACAUCAUCUCCUCCGUUUGCAAACUUUAACCACCAAACCAAUUUUAUGGUUGGAUGACACGCGUACUGGAGAUUUAUUUAUUGGCUUUGCAGCAUGUCAUCGUUUACUCCAUGGGGAGGAAAAACCUGCAGGAGAGGAUGAAAUAAGGCAUUUUGAUGUUUAAUAGGAUAUUGGGUUAUUUUUUCUGCCUCAGAUGUGUAGAUAUUUAAAGUAUGAUUCUCUUCUUCAAUGCUUAAUGUAAUUUCUUCCAAAGUACACAGUGCUACAGCCUCUCCCUGCCAUGGAAAACGUUACGGUGGAUGACAUGACUCUGGAGAAUGACACGUCGGUGCAGGACAACCAGACUCUGGGCGUUUGGACCGACUACUCUGUUGAAUACAAGGUGGUCAGCGUGUUCCUAGUGUCCCUCAUUUGCGGCGUGGGGAUCGUGGGAAACGUGAUGGUCAUCCUAGUGGUCCUGACCACCAAGCACAUGCGGACUCCCACAAACUGUUACUUGGUGAGCCUGGCGGCCGCCGACCUCAUGGUUCUGACUGCCGCUGGGCUGCCCAACAUCAGCGACGCCCUGUGCGGACAGUGGGUGUACGGCUACGCGGGCUGCCUGGGGAUCACCUACUUCCAGUACCUGGGAAUAAACGUGUCUUCCUGUUCCAUCACCGCCUUCACUGUAGAGCGCUACAUCGCCAUCUGCCAUCCCAUCAAAGCCCAGUUUCUCUGCACUUUAUCCCGGGCGAAGAAGAUCAUCAUGCUGGUGUGGGCGCUCACUUCGGUCUACUGCGUGAUGUGGCUCUUUCUGUCAGACACCAAAAAGUUGGUGUACGACAACGUAGCGCUCCUCACCUGCGCCUAUAAGGUGUCUAGAAGCCACUACCUGCCCAUCUACUUCACGGAUUUCACCGUUUUUUACGUGCUGCCCCUCACACUGGCCACGGUUCUGUACGGGCUGAUCGCCAGGAUCCUCUUCCUCAACCCGCUGCCGUCCGUUCCGAAGGGGGGCAGCAAGAAGUGGAAGAGGGAGGCGAGCCAGGGAGGCAGGAUGAUCAGCACCAGUUCCUCCAGCAGCACCACGGCUGCCUCCCGCAGACAGGUGACGAAGAUGCUUGCAGUGGUUGUAAUCCUGUUCGCUUUACUCUGGAUGCCCUACCGUACCUUAGUGGUGGUCAACUCCUUCCUAGACAAAGCCUACCUGGACACCUGGUUCCUGCUCUUCUGUCGUCUCUGCAUCUACCUAAAUAGUGCCAUCAAUCCUGUGAUCUACAACGCCAUGUCGCAGAAGUUCCGCACCGCUUUCAAGAAGCUGUGCCACUGCGGUCCUCAGCGCAUGGAGAAGCCUGCGUCCUACAGCGUGGCGCUCACCUACAGCGUCAUCAAGGACACGUCCAAUGGGGAAAGUCCAGACCACUUCACGACAGAAAUGGACGAGCUGCAUUCACCAUCCGAUCAGUACCUGCCUGACGGAAUUCUACAGAGUGCCAAAAAGAUGAAAUAUGUCAAGGCCUCACUUUCUGGCAGUGAUGUGAAUGCCUGAGUAGAGACAAACUUUGCACCUAAAGUGGAUAUCAGACUUCAACUGCCAUAGUGUGAGUUUAGUUGAAAGGCUACCUGUCAUGUCCAGCUUAGGUUCUUUCUCUUGUAAAUAUUUUGUUCAAAGGUAUUGUUUGCCAAAAGUCAGUUUGCUGUAAUUUUCUGUGGGCACAAAAUAAAUUAAGAGAACAAUUAUGAGUAAUCCAAAAUAGGCAACAUAUGGAUAUGAAAGGAUACAUGAGAAACAAACAUGCAUACAUACAUUCUUACCUAAGGGUGAUUCAGAGAGGCCAUUGACCCAACAUUUAUGUUUUAGGAAUGUGUGAGGAAGAACACAUGCACAAGGAGAACAAGCAAAUUUCCCACAGAAAAGGCUGGAAUUUGAACCAAAAAAUGUAUUGCUGCAAACAACUGAGCAGCAACUUUCUCUUUGAAAUAGAUAUUUAGAGAAUACGCCUGUGUCUGGAGAAUUUAGUGUGACAUGACCAGUUUGGUUAAAGCAGGUUACCAAUUUAUCCUAAUCUGCCAUUCAUCUUAUUGGAAUGGAUUGAUAUGACUAUGGUGGUGAUUGUAUGGGACCAGGGACCUUUCUAUAAAAAUCUAGAUAAAAUGACUGCUUGUUCAGUCUUACAGUUACAGCAAAAAAUCUCAUUCCCCCUAUUGAGUGGUAUUAAUCAGCAUCAGAUUGCAGAGAAUGAAAUACUAAUACUGUGCACACAUGGGAGGAUUUACCAAGUAAAGCGUCAGAUAUUUGAUGGAUAUUUGUUAUAUAUCUGAUUAAAAUAAUCUCCACUGCUCCCAAAUGGCCAACUACUACUACUGCUACACAAAUCUCUGAAAACAGUCCUUGAUUCACUCAGCCAGAAUCACAUAUUUUUGACUGAAAGAACAUUUACAUACUUUGCACAUUAGAUAAAGUUGUGGGAACCACCACUGCCACUAAGGCUUCCUUGCUGCUAUUUUAUUAAAAAAAAACAAAAAGCAAUUCCCAUCAAAUACACAGUUCACUGAUCUAAUGAGAUAGAAACACAGGGCUAAAAUAUGGCAAAAGGUGUAUUGGCUAAUCAGUAGUUGUGGUGUUUUAACUUUCUUACUGACCCCUUUGAAGAAUAUUUAUCAAAGUUGAAACGAUACUAUUUUUAAACAAGGACUGGAAAUAAGCUAGCUUUGUUGAGGAUGGGAAUUUUGAAAUGUGAGGUUCUUCUGGGGGUUAAUGUAAUGAAUACCCCAAAUCUUUAGCUGGCUGAAGGUAAAUGGCUUUUUUUACUAGUUUUUGAUACAUAAGAUUUAGUCCAAGUAUGUAACAGUUAAAUGUUCUGUCUAAACAGCUGAUAUAGCUUGAGCUGUAGUGCAUCAAACAGAGGAACAUACACUAGGAAAGGCACUUACCAGGGAUAUGAAAUUCCUAUCUACUUUUGGUCUUUGAGGAUGUGUUUGACUUGUCCUUACAAGAGUGGAAUGAUCUGGGCAUGGCGAUGGUGGCGCAAGUAUUUCCAGAGGCCUUAGUAAUCAUUGCAGGCUGUUGCGGGUUUGAGUCCCAGUGUUAUUGUUUACUGCAUGUCCUCUCCCCUCGCUCCACCCUAUUACCUGUCAACUCACUUUUUAAAAAAUGUGAAGAUAAAGGCCACUAGAGUGGAAUGAUCACACAAGAAAGGGUAAAUAAUUUUUAAAACAAUUGGCUGCACAAAUUUAUAUUUUUGCCGUUUUUCUUUGGGUUUUUUUUGCCAUCUACAUAUGGACAAAAAUACACAUAUAGGUUCAGAUAAGGGUAACCAAAAAAAAUGUAUCCUAAAAAAAACAAAUCGAUAAAAACGGAGCAGUUGGCACACAACUUUGCACAGCAACAGUACAGCUGCACAGAAACCCAACCCCUGCUGAAUACUUCUGCUCAAUACAUUUGCAUAGACCAGAUCCUUGUUUACCACUUAAAAAAAAAAACAUUUUCCAAUUAACAGCACAACCAAAUCCGAGGUACGUGCUUCCCUCAUGGAUAUAACUACUUUCUGCAGUAUUAAAAAUGGAGUAUCAAACAUUUCUCUUAGUAUAAUUAUGAAGUUUAAAAUUUUCUUAUUGUGGUAAACGUAGCUCAGAUAUAUACACACAUUCCCUACUAAUAUUAGGGUAAAUGAUCGUGAGCAAAUAGAAGAAAACUCAUCUCUUAUCAUAGGCGUCAGCAAGCUUCUUCGUUAAUACUGGCUGGAUAUUUUGGCAGCAUUGGUGGAAUUUAUUUAAAUCUGUUGGUUUCUUGGCACAGACCGACCUUGCACGGACUGUCCAUUCGUUUUUUAACUAGGCUGAAAUCAGGGCCAUACGAGAAUAUUAAUGAUUCCCUGCUUUAUCUUUCCCCAAAAUUGUUUUGAUGUGUUUAGAAUAGUUAUCCUGUUAAAGCAUGCCAAUUACCUCCAGGUUUCAACAAUUUAGCGGUUGAGCUUAGGUAACGUUAAGGAAUUUGGAGGAAUCAAUCUUUAUUAUUCCAAACUACUGGCAGCAAAACAAACUCUCAGCAUAAUAUUACCUCCACCAUGCAUGACAGUUUGUAGAGUUUUGUUUUAGGUUUGAAGCUGCUCAACAUAUUUAUUGUUAUUGCGGCCAAACAGUCUUCACUCUUUGUCUUGUAACGCUUUCUCCAGGAAUUAUUUUGUCCAUUUGGAUGCCAAAAAAGUUUUUGCCAUGCUUCAAGUUGCCUGUUUGUUUUGCAGCAGGGAUUUCUUCCUCUUUCAGAAUGCUCUCAGUCUGCAGCAACGUAAAACUUACUGGUCAAACAUCCAACCAGAACCACACUAAGGACUUGUGGGUGGCCACAAAAGGUGUCUCAUUUCUGUGUAAUUUGCUAAGGGAAAUUUAACCAAAAAUUAGUCUGGAUGUACAUACAGUAUAUGUCUAAGUUUUAUGUCAAAUUUAAAUUGUAUAAUCUUGUAGGAAUUCUGGAAUAAAUUCAAACUUGUGCCACCUAUUCUUGAUUUUAAAUGCAUUGAAUUUUGCUUAAUGAUCAUUACGCUCAUGAAAAAAACAGUUUAAAGCAUUCAUAAAGGACAGCAGUCAAAGAGAUUCAUGGGGAGCAUUUGUAUACUUUUCACCAGUACUCUACCAAGAAUCCAAGUUUCUGAUUUCCUGAUCAUGUCAUGAAGUUAGUAUUAUCUAAACUGUGUUGCCUUAAUGUUUCAUUUUACAACCUGUAUUCUCCUGGGAUUUUAUUAGUGUUACAAAAUUCCUUCCUCUUUGUGUAUCCCUGUCCCUACCUGAAGCCAUGUAAUCCAAAUUCAUCCAAAUGCACACCAGCAUGACAAUUUAAUUUUGCUUCUAGAGGCAAAACGCAGAUGUUGAAUUACAUGACCUUUAUAGAUGGCCUUGGCACAGAAAGAGACAGAUAUAUUAGACACUCACUUAAAGCUGCAUGCUGUGUCAAUUUAGAAUCACCUGAAUGCUAAUGAUUUCUGCAGGGAGUUGUUCAAUUAGUCAUCUAAUGUGACAGACACACCAAAGCCGUGGUGUUAAUUUGGUUGCCGUGAAGAGGACCAAUAUGUGCGGUCACUGCAGAGAGCCUGUGAAGGUCAGUGAGCAGUGUGUUAGAAUAAGGGAGAAACAUACUUCUGAGAUGCAGGUGGAUGCUGUUCCUUUAUGUGUAAAAAGAUAGCAACAAUAUAUUAUAAUGCUGACUUGAUGAAACCUUUAGGGCAUUUCCAGUCAUAUUUAAUAAAGUUUAUCAGAUUAAAAGUGCAUAUGGAAAAUAGCAACCUUUGAGCAGGUAUUAAACAUACCUUUAAAUAACCCCACAUUUCUUUGUUAAAUAUUUUAUUUUUUUAAUUGGUCCUAUGCAAUGUCCAAAUAUUAAAUGCUGCGUUUUCAUUAGUUGUGAAAAUGAAAAGCAUAAUAGUCUCUUUGAACACUUGAAAAGCCACUGAGUUAAAAAUGUGCCAAAUUGGCAGUUAUUGUAUCACAGGCCUGGGUCAAAUAUGGACCAUCUAAACCACUUUAAUUUAACAAAGCAUGGUUGUGUUAUGGGUUAACCUAGCUUACUAGUGUAAAGUCAAAGAAAUUUCAGCUUGAACAGUCAGAAAGUAAAAGUAGGUUUGUAGCAGUAAUUAUAUACUAAAAAUGACCAAAUCAGGAAAAUAAAGACAACAAUAUCAAUCGUCAACAAACAGUUAAAUCUGGAUGGUAAAAGUCCCAUUCAGUAUUUUAAUGCCAUUCAAUAUUACCUGUCUAUAUUGAAUUUAUCGUAUUGGCAAUACAUUAAGUGAACAAAUUAGCUUUUUAGUGUGAACUAAAGUCACUAUCACAACCCACUGACAUUAACAAUAUGUUGCAUCAUUUUGGCGAUCAUACCAUAUCUUAUUUCAUCAUGCUGAAGAACUUUGGUGAAGUCUGUGAAGAACAAUGAGGCUCUGUAACCCCACAAAUUGAGUCCCAAUUUUUGACCCCAUGUUUGGUAAAAACUACAAAUUUUCACUGACAACAGCAUAAACUCAGCAAACAACGGUAAAAAAAUGAACCUUGCAGUUUCUGCAUGUAAAAGGUUCCUAUGAGGGAAUUAAUGUAGACCUAAUGAAAAGAACCUGCUUUAUAAUAAUCAGCUGUUUUUUGUCAAUAUUGUAAAGUUAUUUGAAAUUUUUUGUGUCGUGCAAUGUGAAUUUCAUGAGUACUGUAUAUUUAAAUGUGCUUAAAAAGCUUGUUUUGACCUUUUGUUUAAACUGUUUCAAUCCAGUGGGUGAAAGCUAAUUUCUAAAGUAGAAUGGAUGAGAUUACAUAGAAACAAAAAAGUUGUUAAAAGUAUGUGGUUUUUUAAAGUACCUCACAGGUUGUUGCACAUUCUGUUAUUUAUCUGUCUGUUAAAACUUCAUUUCACUUUUGACAAAUACCAAACACAUGUUAUUGGAGAUAUUUUGUGUUCUGCAGGCAAGUUCCAUCAAAAAAGAAGCUUUUGUAAUAUGGGCCCAAACUAUGUUUCUAACUGGAGUUAUUUGCACGUUUGUAGUUUUUCUCUGCUCUUGCUGCUUGAUGGAUUGUUUGAAUAUUUUGCAUAUUUUGUCAAUAAUAAACAGUAA